GCCAGGAAAAGAAACAGUAAAGAAACAGCAAUUGCGCUCGAAAAACUGUUGCCGAAGCGAUGUCAGGUCCUUGGACUGGUCACCCCAGGGAUCGUAGUUACCCCCAUGGGCUCAAGCAGCAAUCAACCUCAAGAAAUUGAAGAGGGCGAAGCUGGGUUUGCUCUGUUGUUUCCCAAAAUCGAUGGGGUGAAAAUUCAUACCUUCCAUUUUUCAAAAGACUUGAAGAACAGGGUCUUUGAUGAAAGUAAAUUUGCUGAAGCAGGUCUGAAGAAUAACCCGGAUCUCCGGGUGGUUCUUCUCUUUGGCUACAACUCCUGGAAGUCUGGAGCCACUCGGUUUCUUCAUCAAAUAGUCAAUCCUUUGAAUGAGAAAAGUAUCAUCCUGGCUGGGGGACAAGUGGAGAGCUUUACAUCGCUGACAUCUGAGAAUAACAACGCCCAGCCCGGUGAUGCCUGCGGAGUGGUCGGGCUGGCUUUCAGCGGUCCCCAGAUCCAGAGUGCCACUGUUUUGUUAGACCAGGAUGUAGCUGACGAGAGGACAGCAGAAGCCGCCAUGCAGCGUCUCAAAGCGGCAAACAUCCCUGAGCGUAACACCAUUGGCUUCAUGUUUGCGUGUGUUGGCAGAGGAUAUCGGCAUUAUAAAACCAAAAGGAAUAUGGAAGCAGAUGCGUUUAGGAAGUUUUUUCCGAACGUUCCCCUCUUUGGCUUCUUUGGACAUGGGGAAAUAGGAUGUGAUCGAAUAGUUACUGGGAAUUUCGUGUUAAGAGAAUGUAAUGACAUAAAGGAUGACCUGCUUCAUGGUUAUACUACCGUUAUGACUCUCAUUCACCUUGGUUCAACUAAAGCAAACCAAGUGUAAAUACGUUUUUAAUGCUUCAGUGAGCUGUUUCUUUCAUUCCAGAAAGCUGAGAAGUCUGGAAGAGUGGACAUCUUGCAGUCAAAGCUCCUUCCAAAACGUAAACAUCAUUUUGGUAAUAUUAUCAAAUCUUGUAGUUGGAAUAGAGUUUAGUAUCAUAGCUGUGAGAAAGCUUUGCGUUUUGUGUAAUCCCCUGUACGCAUCAGAAUCGCAGGCAAAUGGUGUUGGAUGGAAUUCUGCAAUUGAAGAAAGCUUCUUCCUUCCAAAAUGAGAAUGAUUU